CAUAAGUCAUUGUAACCGUCUUCCUGCUUUAGAAACAAGGUCGCAAGUAACUUAUCAUUCGCAUUGAACAGAGACGAUUUUAAGUCACCAUGUUUGGCCAGGCAGUUCGUCGAUUUACAACAUCUGCAAUUCGUUCCUCACACUACGGAGAGGGACCAGGACAGAAUCUUCCAUUCUCCGUGGAGAAUAAGUGGAGGCUGUUGGGGAUGAUGGUGGUCUUCUUUGGCAGUGGAUUUGCAUUCCCCUUCAUUGUUGUGAGGCAUCAGAUCCUGAAGAAGUAAACUGGACCAUGGCCUGCAAGGUCCCUCACCCUCAACGUCUUUGGCCCGACUGUCUUCAUUUCCAUUGGGGAUUGUGUAAUUUAAUUUGUACAUAAUAAAGCCAAAUAAAAAUUAAA